UGAGGGAACGUUUUCAGAGAACUCUCCACAGGGACUCCAAGAUCCCGCUCUUGAGUGGAAACAGCUAAUUUAGACCCUAUCAUUUUCUAUGUAUUGUUGGGAUUGUGUUUUCCAAUGGGCUGCAGUACGUGCUAUCCUGACAUCUAGUACUGCUGAGCUCCUGCAUUCAGUAAUAUCCCUGCCCUUUCCCCCAGAAAUGUGCAUCUUGCAUUGUCCAGCACACUGCUGAACAAUGCAAACUCAUACGAAGUCUGUCAUUUCGUCCGUGGAAAAUGACAUGCACCGGCCUCGUUAUUCCAAAUGGAGUUUCCAACACACUUUAAUCCAAACACACUGGUUAGAUAAAAUAAUAAAACCAAAUUCUUAACUACCGAAAAAAAAAGAUUUUAAGUGACUACAGGUAAUGAGGCCUAAAAGUCAGAAUUGUUUACAAAAGAAAUGCAAGAUAAAACACAAACUAACAUCUAACUUAAGAAGCUAAAACGGAUUCAAAGCAAAUGUUUCUCUCACCAUAUGUUGAGACAGGCUGGUGGCUGUCCUUUCAGCCAGGACUCCCCUAACCUGCCCCUGCCGCCCAACUUCACUUCUUCAGGAGUUGUCAUGAACAGAGGGAAAAGGGGGAGAGAGAGAGAGUCUCAAGUAUUUUGCUCACCUCUUUUUAUAGUUCAGUCCUUUGUACUAGAAACAACUUCAGUUCUCAGCUGAGUGUUGCUGACAGGCUGUCUGUUGUCGAUAUGAGCUUCAAGUGGUCCCUUUGAAGGAAUGUAAAAGUCUUCUUCACACCUUCCCACUGCCGGAGAAUGGCUAUUUGACCAGCUGUUUGCCUUGCGGCCUCUGAGGGAACAGGUCUAUGGGUGUUCCCCAAAAUUAUAACUUUUCAGUAAUAUCAUACAGUAAAAUCUCAUAACUUUACUUACAGUGUUGCUCCACAUUUUAACAGCAGGAUAAUAUUCAGUAGAUUAUGUGAUUUCAAAUGAUAUCUCACAAGCCAUACUAUGUCCCAUAUUGAUCAUAAUUUUCCAGAAGAGUGAACAAAGGGGUACAGACUGACACAAUGUCUGUCUGUGUGUGUUCCCAGCCGAUAUGUGGGUAUUUGGCAUCUUAAAGGACCUGGGGAGCUGGUCCUGGGAAUUCACUGGUUUACUAAGUGUGACACUAUGUGGAAUUGUGAGACUCUUUAUAUUAUUAUUUUUAUUUUAUUAUUAAUACCAAUAUGAUAAAAUUGCAAUUAAUCCUGCUAGAUGUGCCAUGUAAGCUGUCAGUGAAAAUGUUAUGAUUUUCCAAGUAUGAUCAUUUUGUUUCUGUUUGUAUCACCUUUGUAUUGUGAGAUAUAGAGAUGUAGGGUAUAUUUGUAUUUCCAGACUUGUGUAGUGUUUCUGGGUGACACCCCCAGAAAUAUUGGCGUCAGCACUGCCUAGCCUGAUUGAUGGCCCAUCCAGGGUCAUCAGCUGUACAAUGAGCCCAUGGAAAGGACCAAGGGAUUACACCUAUUGAGUCAGCAAGACAUGCAGGGGUGCGCCUGUGUACUGAGAACUCCAAGGCUUUUCCCUGCCAUCUGCUGUAAAACUUGUGUUUGGGGCACAGGAAGUCUAAGCCACAUGGCAAAAGGCAUAUAAAGGGUAGCUGCAUCAUCUCCAUUUUGUCUUCAAUCCCUCUUCCUACCUCUGGAGCAACUUCUCUACAAACUGAAGCCUUGAACAAAGGACUGAAUGACCCAUCCAAGCUGUGGAUGUGUUCCAGAUGGACUUUCAAGCCACUAACUCACCAGUACUGCUAAGAACCUGAUAUAUAGAUUUCAGAAUGAACCUGACUGCUUUCCCCUUUCACUUCUUUCUGUCUUUCUUUUGUUUAAACCUUUAGUUUAGAUGCUAAAGGAUUGGCUGGCAGCAUGGUAUUUUGGGUAAGAUCCAAACGUAUCGUGACCUGGUACUGGUGCUAACCCUUUGGGAUCAGAAGAACAUUUUGUUUGGUUUCCAGUUUCCAAACCUGAUGUGAUCUCCCAGCUGGAACAAGGGGAAGAGCCAUGGGUCCCAGAGGAAAGAGAGAUCCUGAGAGCUCCCUGCGCAGGUGAUGCAAUUCUUUGUGAGAAGGAGGAGCAGAAUUCUCAGCAGGAAAAUGUUGAACAAGUGGAUAAACACAGAGAAUUAUCGCAAAGAUGGAAAAGGAAUGUGUCCAGGAGUCAUGAGCAGGGAAAAUCCUUUGCGAUUCAUCACAGACCAGAAAGAGAGCAGGGAAACCAGCCAUUGGAGAAAAUGGGUAAAUAUAUUUCCUGUCGGGGAACUCAGCAGGGCCUCAAGGAAACGACGACCCAGCAGGAAAUCCUCAGGAGAAGGAGGAAAAAUACAUGCAGUGAGUGUGGGAAAAGCUUCAGUAAAAGAUCACACCUUUCUAACCAUCAGAGAAUCCACACAGGGGAGAGGCCUUAUGAAUGCCGUGAGUGUGGGAAAACCUUCAUUAGGAGCUCAGCCCUUUGUAGUCAUCAGAGAAUCCACACAGGGGAGAGGCCCUACGAAUGCAGUGAGUGUGGGAAAAGCUUCAUUCAAAGAUCAGCACUUUUUCAGCAUCAGAGAAUCCACACAGGGGAGAGACCCUAUGAAUGCAGUCAGUGUGGGAAAAGCUUCAUUCAAAGAUCACACCUUUUAAACCAUCAGAGAAUCCACACAGGGGAGAGGCCCUAUGAAUGUAGUGAGUGUGGGAAAAGCUUCAUUCGAAAAGGAGACCUUUCUCACCAUCAGAGAAUCCACACAGGGGAGAGGCCCUAUGAAUGUAGUGAGUGUGGGAAAAGCUUCAUUCAAACCUCACACCUUUUUCAACAUCAGAGAAUCCACAGAGGGGAGAGGCCCUAUGAAUGCAAUGAGUGUGGGAAAAGCUUAACUAGCAGCUUAGCCCUUUCUGAGCAUCAGAGAAUCCACACAGGGGAAAGGCCCUACAAAUGCAGUGAGUGUGGGAAAAGCUUCAGUAAAAGAUCAGGCCUUUUUCAGCAUCAGAAAAUCCACACAGGGGAGAGACCUUAUGAAUGCCGUGAGUGUGGGAAAAGCUUCACUCAAAGAUCAGUACUUUUUCACCAUCAGAGAAUCCACACAGGGGAGAGGCCCUAUGAAUGUAGUGAGUGUGGGAAAAGCUUCAUUCAAAGAUCACACCUUUUUCACCAUCAGAGAAUCCACACAGGGGAGAGGCCCUAUGAAUGCAGUGAGUGUGGGAAAAGCUUCACUCAAAGAUCAGGCCUUUCUGACCAUCAGAGAAUCCACACAGGGGAAAGGCCCUACAAAUGCAGUGAGUGUGGGAAAAGCUUCAGUAAAAGAUCAGUCCUUUUUCACCAUCAGAGAAUCCACACAGGGGAGAGGCCCUAUGAAUGUAGUGAGUGUGGGAAAAGCUUCAUUCAAAGAUCACACCUUUUUCAGCAUCAGAGAAUCCACACAGGGGAGAGGCCCUACGAAUGCAGUGAGUGUGGGAAAAGCUUCAUUCAAAGAUCAGGCCUUUCUGAGCAUCAGAGAAUCCACACAGGGGAGAGACCCCAUGAAUGCAGUGAGUGUGGGAAAAGCUUCAGUAAAAGAUCAGGCCUUUCUCAGCAUCAGGGAAUCCACACAGGGGAGAGACCCUAUGAAUGCAGUGAGUGUGGGAAAAGCUUCAUUCAAAGAUCAGACCUUUCUAACCAUCAGAGAAUCCACACAGGGGAGAGGCCCUACAAAUGCAGUGAGUGUGGGAAAACCUUCAUUGGGAGCUCAGCCCUUUCUAGUCAUCAGACAAUCCACUCAGGGGAGAGGCCCUACGAAUGCAGUGAGUGUGGGAAAAUCUUCACUCAAAAAUCAGGCCUUUCUGAGCAUCAGAGAAUCCACAAAGGGGAGAGGCCCUACAAAUGCAGUGAGUGUGGGAAAAGCUUCAGUAGAAGAUCAGUACUUUUUCAGCAUCAGAGAAUCCACACAGGGGAGAGACCCUAUGAAUGCAGUGAGUGUGGGAAAAGCUUCAUUCAAAGAUCACACCUUUUUUACCAUCAGAGAAUCCACACAGGGGAGAGGCCCUAUGAAUGUAGUGAGUGUGGGAAAAGCUACAUUCAAAGAUCAGCCCUUUUUCAGCAUCAGAGAAUCCACACAGGGGAAAGGCCCUACAAAUGCAGUGAGUGUGGGAAAACCUUCUCUAGGAGCUCAGCCCUUUCUAGUCAUCAGAAAAUCCACACAAAGGAGAGGCUCUACGAAUGUAGUGAGUGUGGGAAUACCUUCUCUUUGCACUCAGCCCAUGUUAGCCAUCAGAGAAUCUGCAAGGGAGAUCAACACCAUAAAAACCUCUAGGGCUAUCAGUACUUUUUUUCAUUAAUACUUUUCCUGAUUCCUAUAUAAUAACUUGGAAUGCUGUUUGAACUGUUUGCUGCACCGUUAUCCCUCAGCUUAUCCAGAUGAGUGCCCCAUUUUUCCUUUUGCAGUUUGCCCUCUUGAGGUGGACCUAUUUGUCCUUUUUAUUGUCCCAUGAGUAAUUAGAGUGUGCACUUCCUAUCAGGAACCAGGGAGCAUCACAUUUAUACCAUUCCUCCUAUUGCAAAGUUAUUGUUAGUCACCAAUGAUACAGAUUGUAUCAUUGCCAGUUGUUCUCAUGUUGCUCUGGGUUUUCCUGAAGAGCAGUUAUAUUGGGAACUUUUCAAAUGAUAUGUAAAUGAAGAGAAGCAGGGGCCAGAAAAAAAAAGUGUAAUUUCAGCCUCUCUGACACUGGAAGGAGAUGGGGUGACUCAGAGAUUUCCUCCUUCCCCAUCAUUGCAGAACUGUUAGCUUUUGUCUGAGCCAUGUCGAGUUUAUCUCUGUAACAUUCUAUCCAUCUACCUGGCAAAGUGUCAUGUAAUGAAGCAUUCUCGUUGUCUGUGCUUGGAGAUCAUGCUUUGACUUCUUUAAUCCUAUAUCAGAGUCGCUAUGACUGGAGAUGAGUGUCAAAGACCUGGGAGGGGAAUUCAAAUGGAUCCCAAACACAGUGUGAUCAUUUGGAGUUAAAUCCCAGGUUCCAUCUAUUGGCAAAUCCACGUUGGGCAAAGUGGCUGUGUCCGUCCUCCCCCCCACCCCCUUAUUAUUUAGAUCCUAGUAUACUGAAAAUGUUGAAAAUAACAUAACUGACUCUUGAGACAGCGCUGAGUGAAGUAUGUUUGAAUGGAUCAGAGGAGAAUGUGCUGGGAGAACCUCUUUCCUGAUUCCGAAUAAUCACGUCACCUGCUCUGGAAUUUCACUUGACACUUUCACUGUCAUGUAUUCUCUCUCUGUGAUGUGGUUUCUGUCUGUCCUGAGGGCUGUUUGCUCACCCAAUCGGAUAUUAGUUCAGUUUGAUAUGAUGGAGCUCAGAUCUAAUGGAGAACUUAAGACAAAUGACCGUUUCCUAAAGUCGUCAUUCCUCACUUCAGCUUUGCUUUUUCCCAAAUCAUGUGUAACCCAGGCCCUACAAAAGAUCUCUCCUAGUUAAUCUCUCCUAGUUAAUCCUAUGUGAUCCUAUUUGAGUGGUUUUGUAAAGGAUUCUACUUCAGAGAAGUGUAAAUUUACCCUAACCAAGACCAAGGAUUUGGAAAGAACUGGGGUGAAAAGAGUACACACUCAGUUCUUGGUUUCUACUCCAGUAAAGGAAGCUAUGGUGACCAGGAAAAUUGUUUGUACAACCCCACUUACUAGUUUAGUGUCACUGAUUACCAUUCCAAAGGAUACCAGGGUUAGAUUGAGAACUAUCAUCCUUCACCAUUUUGAUCCAAAGAGGGAGUGCUUCAUAGGACGUCCCUUCUCCGUGGAUCCCACACUGGCUACCUGAUUGGGUAACAAGGACUUUGAGGCGGUGGGAAUGAUGAUAACCAAUGAGGCAAUGAAAGAUUAAAAAGUGAGAAAAGAGGUAUUUUUCCUCAUGAUGCAAACCUUCCCACAAAGGAGACCUCUUCCACCAACACAAAUGCAGAAGAUCCUGAGAUAUAUGAACUCCCAGAAGUGGUUGGGACCUACGUUGGGAGAAACCACAACUUGAGCCAAGGUUCAGUUGUUGGGAAUGAGUUUUCUUUUAAUCCCAACAUAUGACAAGAAUUUGUAAUCUUUGAAUAUGUUAUUGUUACCAAUGAAAAUGAAAUGAUAGGUGACAUUAUUGGUUAAAGAGUAAGAGACUAAUUGUGUGAUAAUCUGAAUUAUUUUGGAAUACCGAGAGUCGUCUUGUUUUUUGUUUUUUUCAGUUGUACAGGAAGUGAUGGCUAGUCUUGAAAAGUUAAUUUGAUUUAAUUUACCCCCUGUAGUGUAAGAAGUUCUGGUAGAAAACCUUGCUCCAAAGGUUGGGCUGGGAGAAUGUGUGUGAGAGAGAGUGUAUAAGAGAAUAUUGGACUAGUAUAUUUUUUAAUUUUUUGUAUUUCAAAUAGAACUUAUUUUGCUUAGCCUCAAAAUCAAUUUCUAUUAAAAGGAAAACUACUUGA